UCCGUCGUGUACGGACACCGGCUGAUGUAGUUUUUGGCAAAAAAGAGGGAAAUUAAAGAACAAACCGUUUAACCCACAAUGGAUAGUGAUACGACGAAGCCUGCAUUCAAAAAGAAAGACCUUUCCGAAGUGAACCACAUCAUGGGGAAGAAAAGACAGUGGAAAUCUUUGAAGCAGAUCUUAACACACGAAAAAACGCUACCUUGGAAAGAAUCGGAUAUCACAUAUUCGACUGUUAAUGCUCCACCGUCACUAAAGCCGGCCAAAAAAUAUUCCGACAUUUCCGGACUGAUUGCACCGUACACGGAUCCACAUUCGAAGCUACGGUACCACAACGUGGAAGAGUACCAAACAAUUCGCACCUUCCCGAUGGAUCUCACCGCUGGCUACCUGGCGCUAAGAGGUGCUACAAGUAUCGUUUAAAUGGUUUCCAUAUCGGCCAAUUCGAAAAUCAAGCUCCACCGGUGAUUCAUCAUAUUAGUGUUCAUAUAUUUAUUAAACCUUCCUUGGAAGUGCUGAAUUGCUUCGACAUCUU